GUUUUCAAGCGCACACCUUUAAUGUCAUGAGUUACAGCUGGUAUUUUCACAGUAUUCCCAUUCAUUUAGCAUGCGAGUUCAAGCAAGACUGGAUUGAGACAUUAUGAAAGAUAUGACACCCAAAUAUUCUAUGGGAGAAAUCAGUAACAGCAAAGAUGGUGGUACAAGUAUGAUUCUCAGGAGAACCUGGCUUUUUAAAAUCUUUUUAAGCAGCGUUUAUCAGAUUUGACUGGUGAGUAGUAGUUUUAAUGUCCUGGUGACCAAUGAGAUUAAAGUUUAUUUAAGAUAAUGGUUUUAAAUACCUGCCUGAAGGUGUGUUUAAGAUGGCUGCUUGUUCUAGAGCAGGGGUGUAAAUUUUGGACUUUAAACUGUAUUUUCAUACAUUUUAAAGCUUGUUCUACCGAUAAAGGCCAUGGGGGAGCCGUGGCCAUUCAUACCUCACCAAAGUAAUUAAGUAACACAUAAGCAAUAAAACGAGAGAAAAGUUCUUGUCUUUUCUUCUUCUUUACUAGAGCAGACUUUCUUUGACAUGUGUACACUCAAUUUCACUUCUUUGUCUUACAUUAUGAUAUCUCAGGAUCAAAUGUGUGUAGUUAAACUUCUUUACAUGGAGAGAAAGCGAGGUAUCACUGGUCUGGCCCACUACAGGUCAAAGUGGACUGACUGUACAUGGCCUGUGAUCUAAACAGAGAGUGACAUCGCCACUCUAGAGGAACUUUAAAUUGGAUUAGCAGCUUGAUAAAGCAGCCAGUUUCUGUAGUACCUGAACUCUGUGUGUGAAUGAGUUUUGGGGAAAAAUAGCAAAGUGCAAAUCAGGAUCUUUUUCUGCACUGAAAUAUGUUGACAGAUAAAUCAACGUAUAUUCUAUUCUUCUGCCUCUGAUUAACAAACAGGCUGUAAGUUGAAAGGCAGCCUUAAACAAGAAUAUUUUAAACUUUGCAUUGAAAAUGUUGUGUAACGAGUUCCCUCUGUGAGGGAACUGAAAGCACAUUUAAAUAAAAGUUUUCAUUAUAGCUUGGCCUACAGCAUUGCCCAGAGCAAGUCUUCUCCCCAGGAUACCGCCCAUAUACUUCAUGGCUUCUUAAGGGAAAAAAAGCCAUAGAUGAAAGCUAAAAAUACUACUGUAUAUUUGGAAGAAAAAAGGGGAGUCUUGGGUGAGUGUGUGUGAUAACCCAGGCGGUUGGCCCUCUGCGUGUCCGACUGCCUCCCAUUCACUGAGGGUAAUUAGAAAAUCCUCAGGGCAGGAACUGCUCGGCUGUGUGUGUAUGUGCCAGAGCGCCACUGAGUGUGUUUAGCUUGUGCACAAGCAGGCUGAGGCCCAAUACUGUACCAGGCAAAGGUUUCCACCGGAUCACUCUUGCAUAACUCAGUGAGUGAUAACACCGGUGCAUUCCUCUCAACACACAUCACCAGCUGCCAGCAUCUUUUCCUCAGUUUUUCCCAGUUCACGUUUUAAAUGCAAUCGGUCUCAGAGCACCGGGUGAACGGGAGAGUGCGAGGUUCAAGAGGAGAUGGGAGUUACAGGGACACAUUUGCAGAUUCACCUCUCGGCCUGCUUUGAAGGAAGGGAGAGACUGGGUGGUCAUCCAGGCCAGAGGUUAUGCUCAUCAACAGGCAAGCAGUUGAUGUACCAGAUUCCCAAUAACAAGGUGCUCACCACGAAGAUCGGUCUCCUCAGCAGUCUUCAACAGUACGAGCGAGUGAGCAGCAGAGUCAGCCAUGGUCAAGCACUUAGGAGGCUGAAAAUGGAAGAGUUCAUACCCACUACUUUGCGCAUGGAUGUGAGGGAAGAAAGGGAGGCUUUCUUUGCCCGACAGGAGGGUGUGAGCACCAAUGAGAGCCGCAUGUGGAUCUGUAAGCCUACGGGUUUGAACCAGGGAAGAGGGAUCUUCCUUUUGAAGAGCAAGGAGGACAUAGCUGCCUUCAGACUGAAGCUGAAGCACAUGGAGGACCGCCAGUUCAACAGGAAAAUGCGUUACCGCCAGCCUCAGGCUUACAUUGUUCAACAUUACAUCAAGAACCCGCUGCUGCUGAAAGGGAAAAAGUUUGACGUGCGCUCCUACCUUCUCAUCGCAUGCACUGCACCUUACGUGGUCUUUUUCCGUCAUGGUUACGUGCGACUGACUUGUGACCUCUAUGACCCCACCUCCAAGAACCUUUCUGCCCACCUGACCAACCAGUACAUGCAGAAGAAGAACCCUCUUUACAGCCAACUGAAGGAAGACACUGUGUGGUCCAUGGAGAGCUUCAACGCCUACGUCAACGACAGGUUUCAGGUUGCAAAGGAUCUGCCCAGGGACUGGGUGCUGGGCGCCUUUGCAAAGCGCAUGCAGCAGAUCAUGAGCCAGUGCUUCUUAGCAGUAAAGUCCAAGUUAGACUGCCGCCUGGGGUUCUUUGACUUGAUCGGCUGUGACUUCUUGGUAGAUGAAGACUUCAAAGUGUGGCUGCUGGAGAUGAACUGCAAUCCAGCUCUCCAUACGAACUGUGAGGUGCUAAAGGAGGUGAUACCCAGCGUGGUUGUGGAGACACUAGAUUUGACUCUGGAGAUCUUCAAGAAGAUUCGUGGCAGGCAGAAAAUCUUUCCUUUGGUCAGUCAGAGGGAGUUUGUGCUUCUCUAUAGUGGUUUUUCCACUACAGAGAAGUCUAGCAUUGAAUUCCAGAAAAACACCAAAGAUGUACAGAAAACUGAACCCAGAAGGUUUAUGUGUGGAACAGAGGGCAAAAGUGUUCCCUCGGCAUCCCCUGAUAAUUCUGCAAAUGAUUCAGCACUUCCAAAACGAAGGAGUAGGUCAGAGUGGCCACCGUCCCACCAGCACUUCACAAAAUCAUCAUGAGUCAGGGGCAUUCACAUUAUACAGCUAAACUCAAGCUAACCAAAAGUACUUUGAAUCAUCAUUUAAAGGCUGGAAAUGACCAUCACAUCCCCUUCAUCACUAGCUCUGAGUGAGUGAAGCUCUACCUGUCUAUGGGUCUCCUGGGACACCGUACCUUACAUGUAGUAUUGAACAUGUGGAACAAUUUAGGAUGCGAAGAAUUUAGUGUAGAAAAGAAAAGAGGAACUGUGACAGUAUGCAGACAGCUGCGGUAAAAAAAGCCUUUGGUGCUUUUUAAAGAUUUUAAGAGAAAUACUCUGGAAAAUGCGUCAAUAAAGAAUGUAUUCAUCAUCAACAAUA